AUGUCUGAUUCCUAAAAAAUAGUUGGCAUUGUAUUCUCUAAAUUAGAAAGCAAACGUUCUCAUCCCACUUAUAUAGUUGAAACCAAGGCUGGCAAUCUCAUUUAUAGAUAAGCUGUUAAUCUGCCCUCUGAAUAAAUUGAAAAAUUUAACCUUAUUUUUAGUAAGCAAAUUGCAGAUAAAUUAUAUCCCUCUUAAGAUAAAAGACUCUUUUAUAAGGGUACUGAAUUAGAUAUCCCUGAUGUUGAAUUUGAUGAUGAAAAUGAUCAAGAGGAUUCCAAAUCCACUAAACAAUAAUGUAAUUGUUAAUCAAAAUAAACAUCAAAAUCACCAAAUGUUUAAUCAUUAUAACAACCAUUACAACUUCCUUCUAAAUCAACUAUUAAAUUAUCCUCCAAUACUAUCUUAACAUAUGACAAGAUUGAUGAAGAAUUUAAACAAGCUAGUAGAAUUGAUUGUAAUCUUAUUAAAGACAUUAAAAAUUGGGAACAAGCUAAAAUUAGUAAGAAAAAAUAAGUAAUGCUUUGUAUUUCCAAUAAUUGCUUUGUAAAAUUAGCUGAUUUAAGAUUUAAGAAUCCAUCAUUGGUCCUUGAUUUUGUUUUGAAUAACUGCAUACUAGUUAAAUGA